CAUGCAGGAGGAAGAAAUAUACACCUCUCUUCGUUGGGAUAGUCCAACACCAAGCUUUUACCAGAACCACCUAUCUUCCACCAAAUAUUCAGGAGCAUGGUGUCUGGUGACGGUGAUUACAUGUAUUCUCUGCGUGGGCUCAAUAGCAACCUCUGUUUGUUUCUUGGGCCUCAAGUUGUUCCAGGUAUCUACCAUUGCAAUGAAACAGCAAGAAAAGCUCAUCCAUCAGGACAGAGCACUGUUGAAUUUCACACAAUGGAAGAGAAACCAUAACCUUCAGAUGAAAUAUUGCCAAACCUUGAUGCAAAACUCUUUCAGUUCAGCCCACAACUGUAGCCCUUGUCCUGACAACUGGAUUCAGAAUGGAGAAAGUUGUUACCAUGUCUUUGAAAACUGGAAAAAUUGGCACACCAGUAAGGAGGACUGUUUGAAGGAGGGCUCUAAUCUUCUACAAAUAGACAGCAAAGAAGAAAUGGACUUUAUCACUGGCAGCCUGAAGAAGGUCAAAAGUGGCUUUGAUUACUGGGUGGGACUGUCUCAAGAUGGACUCAGCAAACCUUGGCUUUGGCAAGAUGGUUCCUCUCCCUCCCCUGACCUGUCGCCAGUACAGACAUUGCAAUCAACUAACCAGCUCUGUGGAUAUCUAAAGGACAAGUUCCUCUCUUCUGCUAACUGCAGCAUUUGGAAAUAUUUUAUCUGUGAGAAGUAUGCAUUGAGAUCCUCUAACUGAAAAAAGAAAUUGUACUUGAAGAGAU